AUGAAAUACUUCAAAUCAAUAGUAGUGUUGACUAUUAUUGUUAUCAUAUCAUCAUUGUUAUGGUCAACACAAGUUGAUGCUACAUCUAUAGAUUUCGUUGACAAUAUUAGAUCAAUAGGUCUAGAUGAUAGUAUAUAUGAUCAACAAGGAUUUAAUAAUGUUACAGUACCAUUACCAGAUGUAGGUGAAUUGGCUUAUGAUUUAUGCUAUGUGCGUAUAUUGACCAAUCUAACUGAUCUCUAUACUUUAAACUUGUCAUCUGUAUUUGGUGCUUGUUAUAAUUGUGCAUUCCAACCUUUGGAUAUUGUAUUUAUAAAUGGAACAACACCAUACUUUACACUUGCAACAACCUUUUCAUAUACAUUUAAUGCAUCGGUGUACGAUCUAAUUGGUAGAAUGGGUGAAACUAUAACAUUCUCGACAAGAUUCCAUGAACGUGGAAUCUAUGAUUUAUAUAUCAAUUCAAUUUAUGUUACUUCAACAAAAGGAUUAAGUUAUAAUAUAAAUAUAGUUAAAGAUCCAAUUAAUACAUUUGUACCAAUAGGAGUAAUGUUUGGAAUAUUUAUUGGAGCAGCGAUUGCAUGGCCAAUCAUUAUACAUUAUUAUAAGAAAUCAAAGAGUGAAUCAUUGGAAUUCCAACUACAGAAUUUGGAAUCGAACCAACCUAAAAAAGACAGAUUAAAAUCAUUGGAUGUAUUCCGAGGAUUGUCUAUUACGAUUAUGAUAUUUGUAAACUAUGGAGGUGGUGGUUACUGGUUCUUUAAUCACUCGUAUUGGAAUGGUUUGACGGUGGCCGACUUGGUAUUCCCAUGGUUCAUUUUUAUCAUGGGAAUUGCCAUGCCACUAUCUUUUAAUGCCAUGGAGAUUAGAGGUGUACCAAAGAGAACCAUCUUUAUAAAGUUGGUUCGUCGAUCGGUCAUUCUUUUCAGUUUGGGUUUGUUUAUCAACAAUGGAAACAAUCUUGGUCACUGGCGUAUACUCGGUGUAUUGCAACGAUUUGGUGUCAGUUACUUUGUGACUGGCUGUAUCAUGAUGUUUGUACCAUUGUAUCGUCCAAAUGGCGGCGGCGGCGGAAACAGUCAUCAUCAAUACAACCGAUUCGACGGUACUGGAAAUGAUAGAGAACGAGAACCAUCAGAAUCAGACCCAUUAUUCCAAUCAUCUUCAAUUCAAGAAAAGUUCAAAGCACACUCUGCAUCAAUGUUGGCCGACUUUAUUCCAUUUUGGUUGCAGUGGUUAUUUGCCCUAUUGAUUCUGGCCGUUUGGUUCCUUGUCACCUUUUUAUUACCCGUGCCUGGAUGUCCAACCGGCUAUCUUGGUCCAGGUGGAUUGGGUGACCAAGGUCAACAUGUCAACUGCACAGGUGGUGCUGCCAAAAUUGUCGAUCUUCAUAUCUUUUCCAACAAUCAUAUUUUCCAAACACCAACUUGUCAACCCAUCUACAAUACCGGUGCCUAUGACCCAGAAGGAACACUUGGAUACCUCACCUCUGUCUUUAUGUGUUUCCUUGGAGUGCAUGCUGGCCGUACCAUUAUGACUUACAAAUCGAAUCGUUCACGUCUUAUUCGUUGGACCAUUCUCUCUAUUCUGUUGUGUGGUAUUGCAGCAGGUCUAUGUGGAGUAUCACAAAAUGGUGGUUGGAUUCCAAUCAACAAGAAUCUCUGGACACCUUCAUUUAUCUUUUUAUUGUCUGGUUUUGGAUUCUUUGUGUUGGCAAUCUUUUACGUAGUCGUCGAUAUCAAACGAAUUUGGAAUGGUGCUCCAUUGGUCUAUGUUGGUAUGAACCCAAUCACAAUCUAUUGUGGACAUGAAAUACUUGGUGGAUAUUUCCCAUUCUCUUUUUAUGCUUCCGUCCAAACUCAUGCUCUCUACCUAUUAUCAAAUUGUAUUGGUGUUGGAUGUUGGUUAUUAAUAGCUUAUUUAAUGUAUAAAAAUAGAGUUUUUAUUAAUAUUUAA